GAUACGAGGGAAUUGGAUCGCACAGUGAAGCAGUGGAAUGAACAGAUUACCGGUGACAUUAAGCAACUGGUGCGAUAUCUGCGAAUGAUAGACGAACAUUUCGAAAGCACCGCUGGUACCUUCACUCUUUCGCAGUUAAAGGAGCGCUUUGGUGACACUAUGGACAGGACAUGGGGUGAGAGUUGUACCAUUGAUAUGGUUGAAAUUGGCAUACUUAAUGUCGUGGAUAGUAGGGAUGACUGUUUGGUGUUAGCUGUCAAUCCGAUCGUCAAAGAAGUGAAAUUUCCUGAACUGGCCGAAUUUGCUAAGAAGAUUUAUCAUGAGUUUUUGAAAAUUCGAGCAGAAUCAGCGGAUUUCGUGAAAGUUGAACUGCUUGUGAAUGCAUUGAACACUGCUGGAAAUAAAAGCCAAUUAAAGAACGAAAAGUGUACGCUGUUUUGGGAUGUGUUAAGUGAUGCUGAAUUCCGGGAACUGUUUUUUGUUGAUGUUUUACGGAAGCGAAAAGGAGAGCGUGGAUACGAUGUGGUGUUGCGUCUCAAUCCCGACGUGGAUGUGGAACAGUUGUUCGGCAAGUGA